AUGAGAACCAAGCAGUCCGCACCCAGGGUGCAUCCUGACUAUCUUAAGAGAGUCAGACAAGCUGCUGCUGCUGCUGCAGCAGCAGAGGAAGCUGCAGCGGCACAGUCCAAGUCUAAGAAGAAAACUGUUUGCAAAGGCCCACCAGUUCUUGCUAAAUCCAGUAGUAGGCCAGGGGAUGCUGCAAUCAGAGAGAUUAGGACAUACCAGGCAAGUACCCACUUGUUGAUCCCCAAAAGCCAAUUCCAAGUAGAGUGUCGUACAAUUGCUCUUCAAAUUGAACCAGACUUCCGGUUUCAGGGUAGUGCACUUCUAGCACUCCAGUGUGCUGCCGAAGAUUACAUGGUUGGCUUGUUUGAAGAUUGCAACCUCUGUGCUUUGCACGCAAAGAGAGUUACAAUUUUUACCUCUGACUUGAGGCUAGCACUACAGAUCCGCGGUGAUUGGGCCAAGUGGACAUCCAAGCUCAAGAAGGUACUAAACGCUGCAAGCAGUAGGAAUGCUAGGGUUGCAGCUGAGAAAGCUGCAAAUGCUGCAAGGAAAGCAGGCAUGAAAGCUGCCGCUGCUAGAGCCACGGAGAAAGCCCGCAGCAGGGCCAGGGCCACAGAGGAAGAGGAACAUGCUGCUAGGGCCAGGGCCCAAGAGGAAGAGGAAGCCCAGGAGGAAGAGGAACAGGCCAAGGCAGCAGAGGCUGAAAAAAAGAGAGCUGAGGAGGAGGAAAUGGAAAUUGCAAGGAAAAGUGCCGCCCGUAUGGAAAGGCGGGAGGCUUUGGAAAGGUCCAAAGCAAAGAAAGUUUAACACCCAGUUUAAGGGCCCAGUAUGUGUAGCAUGUGUAGCGAACCACAAGGACAACUUGGAAACC